GACCUGGGAAACCAUUACAGACCGCUGCAGACGCUGUGGAGCGCCCAGGGCAGUGCUUGCAUUUGCAACAUUUCUCGGCGAGUCUCCCCCCGUGGUCACCAACAUGGACGGCGCCUCAAACAACUACCCGCAUCUGGCGAUGAGAGCGUCGAUAUAAAGCUAGGUGAAACCCCGUUUGCAGUCUUUCUGCUUCAUACCGCCCUUCCCCCUCAGACUACAGAGGGACCAAGCUCUGAGCUGCCAAUCUGUCUUUCACCAAUACUUCGAUACUCUACCCCGCCAUGGCAUCCCGUCUGGUCAUACCCAUCGACAAGAGCUGGGAAUUCAGGCAGGCAGACAAGACAGACGCCGAAUUUCUGCCGGUCAGCCAGUUCCCGACCAACGUCCACCUCGACCUGCUGCACCAUGGCCUGAUCCCAGACCCCUUCAUCGGCAAGAACGAGCUCCUCGUCCAGUGGAUCGGCGAAGUCCCAUGGACCUACAGGACCAGCUUCAAGGCCCAGGACGUGCCCGCGGGUGCCAAGGCAGUCCUUGCGUUUGACGGUCUUGAUACCUUUGCAACCGUUCUUCUCAAUGCCACCAAGAUCCUCGAGGUCGACAACAUGUUCCUUCCGGAGCGGGUCGACGUCACCUCGCUCCUGAAGGAAGAAAAUGAGCUGGUGAUUACCUUUGAUAGCGCCUAUCUACGCGGGUGGAAGCUCGUAGAAAAGUACCCGGACCACAAAUGGGGGUGUUGGAACGGCGACAGCGCCCGACUGGCUGUGCGGAAAGCGCAGUACCACUUUGGCUGGGACUGGGGUCCAACCCUCCUGACCUGUGGCCCUUGGCGACCCAUCAACCUUGAAAUCUACGAGUCACGGAUCGCAGAUUUGAGCGCCGAGAGCGUCGUGGAGAAGUCGCUGAAAUCGGCAGACGUGAAGCUGGUGGCAGAGACCGAAGGCAAGGCCGACAAGGUACGGUUCGAGAUCGCGCUAGACGGCAAGCAGAUCGCAUCUCAAACCACAGACUGUACCUCAGGCGCUGCCGCAGUGGCGUUCCUUAUCCAAGAUCCGGAGUUGUGGUAUCCCAUCCGCUACGGCAAGCAGCCUCUCUAUGAUAUCAAGGCUACUCUGCUCAGUGGUGAGCACGAGGUGGACGCCAUAUCUAAGAGGAUCGGCUUGCGGAGGGCCCAGCUGAUCCAGCGCCCCCUGAAAGAGCAGCCGGGCACAAGCUUCUUCUUCGAAGUCAAUAACAUCCCAAUCUAUUGCGGCGGCAGCGACUGGAUCCCAGCCGACAACUUCAUCCCUCGCAUCAGCCGGCAAAAGUACUUUGAUUGGGUCAAGCUGGUUGCCGAGGGUAACCAGUUCAUGCUGCGAGUGUGGGGUGGCGGCAUCUACGAGGAACAGGCCUUUUACGAUGCCUGCGACGAGCUUGGCAUCCUCGUAUGGCAGGAUUUCAUGUUUGGCUGCGGCAACUACCCGGCCUGGCCCGAGCUGCUCAAGUCCAUUGACCGCGAGGCCCGUGAAAACAUCAAGCUGCUCCGCCACCACCCGUCCAUCAUCAUCUGGGCCGGCAACAACGAGGAUUACCAAUACCAGGAAUCGGCCGGCCUGACAUACGACUACGAGAACAAGGACGCAGAAAGCUGGCUUAAGACAGAUUUCCCCGCCCGCUACAUCUACGAGAAAGUACUUCCCGAUGCUUGUGCCGACCUGAUACCCGGCACUUUCUACCACCCAGGCUCGCCCUGGGGCGCCGGCCGCAACACGCACGAUGCAACGGUGGGCGACAUCCACCAGUGGAACGUGUGGCACGGGACGCAGGAGAAGUGGCAAAACUUUGACAAGCUCGUGGGGCGCUUCGUGUCGGAAUUCGGGAUGCAGGCAUUCCCUUCGGUUAAGACGAUCGAUGCGUAUCUGCCGCUGGGCAAAGACGACCCGGACCGGUACCCGCAGUCGUCGACAGUUGACUUCCACAACAAGGCCGAGGGCCACGAGCGCCGAAUCGCGCUGUAUCUCGUCGAAAACCUCCGCUAUGCUCCCGACCCGCUCGAGCACUUUGUCUACAGCACGCAGCUGAUGCAAGGCGAGUGUCUUGCCUCGGCGUACCGCCUGUGGAAGAGGCAGUGGAAAGGGCCCGGGCGAGAGUACUGCGGCGGCGCGCUCGUCUGGCAAACCAACGACUGCUGGCCCGUGACGAGCUGGAGUAUUGCCGAUUACUACCUGCGGCCCAAGCUGGCCUACUUUACCGUCAAGCGCGAGAUGGCCCCGGUGAGUAUCGGCAUCACCCGCCGCACACACCGCCACCCGCGCGACAAGUACACGCGCGUCCACAUCGACGAGCAGACGCAGAUAGAGGUGUGGGGGAGCAACCUGACGCUGGAGGACCUGACAGUCGACUGCGUGCUCAAAGCGUGGGACGUGGAGACGGGCGAGGAGACCUUCUCGAAGACAGUUUCGGCCAAGCAGCUGCUCCCAGAGAACCGGUCGACCGAAAUCGUCGCGCUGGACGUGCCCGUGCGGAAACAGAAUGUCGGCGAGGAAGGACGCACUGUUGUCGCCGCGUACCUGGUCCAGACCGACGGCAAGCAGAUUGCGCGCUACGUCAACUGGCCCGAGCCGCUCAAGUAUCUACACCUGCAGAAACCCAAGGAGCUUAGGGCGCAGCUUAAUGCGGACGCCACCGCUGUUGAAAUCAGCGCCGAGGUGCCAGUCAAGGGUGUAGCGCUCGAGUGCGAAGAUGACGGGGUCACGUUUGACGACAACCUGGUGGAUAUCGUGCCGGGGGAGGUGGUGACGAUCGGUGUCAAGGGGGCCAGUGCUGGAACAAAGAUCGAGACGAGAUACCUGGGUAUGCUGUGAUCUAAUCAUGUUUCUUUCUGAGCUUCCGGUCUUCAGCUAGAGUUUUCAGAUACCUGGGAUACAUUCAAGACGCCAAUGCAUUCAUGAUAACC